UUCUAAAUGUCUUUUUUAAAUUUUUUUUUUUCAUUUAAGCGUUCUUCAGUCUGAUUUGAAUGAGAUACCCUAGAGUAAAGGCCCUCUCCAGUGUUCCCGUCCAUAGGGCUGGACAAGAUGCCAAAGCAGGAAAAUGGCCAAAAAGAAGGUUCUAUCAUCCAGAAUGACCUCAGUGAAUCAUUUGAAGAAGAAGUUAGAGCGUUCCUCAGUAAUGAAGAGAAACUGCAUCUUUUUGAUGACCUCACAAAAGUUAAUCCAGUGACAACUACAACAGUUCUGAAAUGUCUUCAAGCAAGAUAUACAGUGAACUUGUUUUAUACAAAUGCUGGCUGCAGCCUGGUGGCUUUAAAUCCAUUUCAGCCUGUCUCCUGCCUCUAUUCACCUGAGCUGAUGAGAGAGUACCAUGUUGCACUUCGUCCUCAGGAUUUAAAACCUCACAUCUUUGCAGUGGCUGAGCAAACCUACAGAAACGUCCAAAGCCAAAUAGACCCUGUAAACCAGUCUAUAAUUGUGAGUGGAGAAAGUGGUGCUGGGAAGACCUGGACAUCUCGCUGCCUUAUGAAAUUCUAUGCUUCUGUGGCUGCAUCAGUUAUCUCCCCAAAAGGCAAUGAAACUGUGGAGAGGAUAGAGAAGAGAGUGUUGGAUUCCAACCCCGUCAUGGAAGCAUUUGGAAAUGCAUGUACCCUGCGGAAUAACAACAGUAGCCGUUUUGGAAAAUAUAUCCAGCUUCAGUUAGACAGAUUCCACCAUCUGAGUAGUGCUUCCAUUCAGACUUUCCUUUUGGAGAAGACCAGAGUUGCCUAUCAGGCCCCCAAUGAAAGAAACUUUCAUAUUUUUUAUCAGAUGACAAAAGGUGCUACUGCAGAGGAGAGGCUGGAAUGGAACCUUCCAGAAGGGGCUGACUACCGCUGGCUGCCAAAUUCUGAAAGAAACUUAGAUGAGGACUGCUUCGAGGUGACCAGAGAUGCAAUGUUUCACUUGGGCAUUGACCGCUCCAUGCAGAACAAUAUUUUCAAGGUAUUGUCAGGCCUUCUCCAUCUUGGGAACAUUCAAUUCUCUAAUCCAGUGGAUGAAUCUCAGCCUUGUGAACUAGAGGACAAAACCAAAGAUUCUGUGAAAACCACUGCAGAUUUGCUGAAGAUACCUGUCGAGGAACUACUGGAAUCAUUAAGAAUUCGAACAAUAACUGCUGGAAAACAACAAGUCUUCAAGAAGCCAUGCUCCAGAGCCGAAUGUGAGACUAGGAGGGACUGCCUCGCCAAAGUGAUCUACGCUAAGUUGUUUGAAUGGCUCGUUUUGGUCAUAAAUGAAAGCAUCUAUGCAGAUCCGUCAGUGUGGACCAGCUUCAUAGGUUUGUUGGAUGUUUAUGGUUUUGAAGCCUUCCCUGAAAACAACUUGGAACAGCUUUGUAUUAACUAUGCCAAUGAGAAACUGCAGCAGCACUUUGUAGCACACUAUCUGAAGGCACAACAGGAAGAAUAUGCAGCUGAAGGCUUACAGUGGUCUUUCAUAAACUACCAGGAUAACCAGAACUGCCUUGAUCUGAUAGAGGGCAAUCCUCUCAGCAUUUUUUCUUUGCUGAAUGAGGAGUGCCGUCUGAAUAGAUCCUCUAACACUGACCUGUUUCAAACUCGGAUUGAGAAAGCCUUGUCUAAUAAUCAAUGUUUAAGUCGAAACAAGUUCAGUAAGAAGCCCAACUUUAUUAUUUCACAUUAUGCUGGCAAAGUCUGCUAUCAGCUGGCAGCAAUGGUGGAGAAAAAUAAGGACCCCAUUCCACCAGAGCUGGUCCAUGUUUUGCAGAAUUCUAAGGACCCUUUGCUUCAAAAGUUAUUUCCUGUGACAGAAAGGAACCAAAAUAACAUCAAAACCCAGAACAGAGCAGCUGUUGUUACAGUGGUGUCAAAGUUCAAGGGUUCACUUGAACAUCUCAUGCAGAUUUUGAAUAGCACCACACCGCAUUACAUCCGAUGCAUCAAGCCUAACGCUGACUGCAAGGCAAUGACUUUUAAAAGAGAAGAGGUUCUCAGCCAGCUUCAGGCAUGUGGAAUAGUCGAAGCCAUCACCAUCAGUGCAGCGGGAUUCCCUAUUAGGAUCCCUUUCCGAAGUUUCAUUGAGCGCUAUGAAAUACUGAGAAAAUCACGUGGGUCCGAUAAAAACAGAGCGUGUGAUAAAAGCAACUAUCAUACUGCUGAGAAAAAAGGCGAGACUCCAGUGGUGGAUGAUGACAAGGCAUCAUGUUCUGUUGUUUUUGAGAUCCUUCAGAAUGUUGUUACGGGACAAACUACUGCUGAGCAAACAGGGAACAGAGCAGAAAACACUUCAGUGUACUGCGGCAAAACCAAAGUAUUUAUGGCUAAUUCUGUGCUGGAGCAACUUGAAGCUAGAAGAGCAGAGGUGUUAAAUGAGAAAGCAUUUUGCAUUCAGUGUUGCUGGAGAAGAUUUAAACAGAAGAAGCUAGCGAAGGAGAGAUGGUCUGCAACUGUCAUCCAAGCAGCUAUUCGUUCCUGGUUAGCCAAGAAUCGCUUCCAAAGGAUGCGCAGGGCUGCUAAUGUUAUUAAGCAUGGCUGGAGGAAAUGGAAAGCAAAAAUGGCUGCGUUAGCAGCAGCAGAAUUGGACGAGGGUGAAGAAAAGGCAUUCUUCUCAGUUCCUGGAGCUACGGUGAUCUCGGCCAAACCACCUUGCUCUUUAGAAACAACUUGGCCUCUGCAUGCAAUAAUUCAAUUCUGGCCUCUUGGCCUUGUCCUGGCUGCGGCACCUGUUACUGUAACGGGACUUCGGAGAGACCUGUCCUGGCUGGCAUGCCUCAAAAUACUUCAGAGGAGCAACUGCUACAAGGUGGAAAGCUGUUUCUUUGGCUGUGGCAUCACUUCCAUUAGAGCUCUCCCACAGGGCUCUAUCAAGUUUCACUGUAAGAAGUCUCCCCUGCAUUACGCAAAUGUCAGCCCCCAUACGGAUGCCUGUUCCAUCACCGGAUUUAACCAGAUUUUAUUGGACAGAAAAAAACUACUUCCAACAUAGGUCUUGGCCAUCUGCAUAUACUGUACUUUCUCCUUCAGGGAAGGACUGUCUGCAAGCUGCUGCCUUCAGAUUACGCAACAUCCAUAUCUGCUGCUACCUCAGAGCUUUCGAUAUUGACGCAUUGUACGUAUCAUAUAAUAUACUUCAAAUUUAGAACGCAUGGGGGGCAUUCCUCCUCUCACACACAUGCACACGUUAAGAGGAAAUAUCAGUACUACGAGAACACUCAACAUAAUUAAAAUAGAUCAAGUGCUUUAAGCAAUAUAUACUUGAAUUGAACACUUCUGGCACUACUUGGGAGAAGCAAGAGGCUGGUAAUGAGAGAGCAAAUAAGGCAAACAUUUCUGAUGUGCGCUGGAUUCUCGCUGGGAGGUACAACUACAACUAUUUGGAUUGACCAUGAGCGUUCAGUAACGUAACACUUCUGACUGUGACUGAGGAAGUGAGUAGCAGUCAGCUUAACACUAAUGGCAGAUGUCUCAGGGAGAAGCGAGACUGGACUCUUGCUUUUUAUCUAUACGACCAAAACAUACGUACUCUCACAACUGCCAUGCAUUUCUAGCACUCCCUAGUCAAUAGCGUUACCUCUGCCAGGGUUCUCAUCGGAGGCGCUCCAUACCGUCUCUUUGUUGCUCACAUGGCUCUUGAAAAUGUUCAGCUCUUCUGUGUAUGCCACUUCUAAAUAAACUGUUAAAU